UUUGUUUAUUUCCUUAGUUUUAUUUAUUUUGCUUUUUUUGUUUAUUCGUUUCAUCGAUUGCAUACAUCGUCUCACGAGCAUGCGCGUGCGCUCUCAUUAUCAUACUCAUCACGUCGCAUCUCGUAAGAGGAAACAGGUGCCGCGGACAAGAACUGGAAGAUAUGCGAGUCAAACCUCAAUUUUCCACCUGCUGGGCAGAGGCUGUCAGUGACCUGGUUGAACUCGUAGCAAAUCUCCUUGUUACAGUCAUGUCGCACGACACUGGCCUGGCAGCCUCUUAACUCUCAAUACACACACAUACCUUCAAAGUAAGUAUUUCGGCUCUUAAUCUCCUUUAGAAGUGUCUAAGCCACUUCCGUGAAUGUAUUUCCUGUCUUCCUCAUCAGCGGCGGCUGUCCAGCAUCAGAAGCAGUAUCACGGUUGUCGACUGCAUGGUUACUAUGAAAAAAUGAGCAUCUCGUAUUGACCACACAAAGAAGUGUUAGUUGCCAGUCAUCAUCGCUGGUAUUGUACUUCUUGUUUUGAUUCUACGAGACAGUUUUUUUCAUGCAUCAUUAGUUUGGGGUCAAAGGGCAGCUGAGACAGUUCGACUCAUCAGACCUCACGAUGCAUCAGGUCCCUCGGCAUAGGCUCAAGCACUUCCGAGGCUAGGUUCUCGCUUAUUGUUGUGAUCAUCGUUGAUGAUUCUCUUUUGGAUCUUCGUCGUCUACGGAAGUGACUUAAGAAGGGAAAUGGUUACAAUCUCAGGAUAUCUGCUAAUGGUCUCCUGGGCAGCAUCAUUCUGGACACGGCCAGCUCUGUCAGACGUGUCUCUGGACAAGCUGCUGAUGAGCAAAGCCUGUCCUCGCGACUCCCAGUGCGGCACGCACCUGCUGAACUGUGAACCCGACGGUGUCGUCAAGGUGAAGGACGCCAUCCACGGCUUCAAGUCUUCGGAACAGCAACCUUUCUGUCUGGCGGGUACAAGUGACCUUUGCGGCGAGGGUAAGGAGGUGGACAACUGCUGCAAAUAUGAAAACGGAACGGACUGCUUGCAGCCUCCACCAAUCAGCGACCUUGACCUCCUCCACGACUCAUGUCAGGGUAAAGGUCAUUGCCUUUUUCGGUCGGAGAGGGCCAACGACGGUCCUUGUGACAGCUCUGAGGGCUACACACCCUACUCUGCCGUAGCCUAUGAAUGUAUCAACAGGUCUUUGCUGCUGGAUCCUGUAAAAAAUAAGUCCGCCGCCACUGGCUCAGAUAUUCACAUUUUCUACCCGGGACGCUAUGGCAACCACCGCCUGACGGAGAGCUCGGCGAACACCCAGCGAUUGCAGCGCCUCCUGUCGAGUCCAGCAGCCAACGAAUCGUCUUCUAGCGACGAUAAUGGAACGAUGCAGGACUUCCUGUCACGGAGAAUGAGAUACCGUUGCUUGGUAACUGGGUCGUGGAAUCUGCACAUGGGGCUGUCUCGGGAAGAUGACCAGGGCGAGUCCGAGCUAGCGGUGCAAGUGGUGUACCUGCGACUGGUGGGCACCAGGGGUUGUACCAAAGUCACUGUGCUCGACCAGAAGCAGCAGUCCAUCUUCAGCUGUCGCCCAGGACUCGUGACGACUGUAUCGGGGAGACAGCUGAAAAAAAUGAGGGCGCCAUUGGAGGUGCACAUUGAGCUUGCUGCCUCCAUAUGGGAGGACGAUUUCUUGUGGCUGCAGUUUCAGUCGAUAAAUGAUGACCCUAUCAGUAUAAAGUGCAAUUUCGACGUCGAGGAAAAGCCUAUGAGUACAUCAGCAGCGACAGUGACAGACAAUGCCGUGGACUGGACCACUGUCAUCACUGGCCUGUCAGUGACAGGUACCCUCAUCUGUGUUUGUCUCGUGCUGGGCGGCUGCUUCUUCAUGCACAGGUGUGCUGUCUUGCGCUUUUGUCAGCAGCAAGUGGGCAGACUGUACAUAAAACGCAGCCUUAGUGGGUUUGGAAAAUACGACGUGUCCCACCGACCUCCGAGGUCCGAUGUCUGUCAAAACCCUCGUCGAGAGGCGCCAAGCCCCUCAGUCCAGAACCCGCCAUUCUGUCACCGUGCAGGGCGGGGCACCACGGAGGGUUCUGUCACCGCUCCGUCACAAUCCAAUGACGUUCAUGGCUCAUCCAGCAUGUACGUACAGCCUGCAAGGCCACCUGCAUCCGCGGCCAACAGCAUCCUUGCAAGUCCAGGAAGUGAUCUGCGUAGCACAAUAUCCGACACAAGGGAGGAAAGCCUAAAUAGCGCCCCGCAUCCUGCUAUGACCUCCCACAGGGCCUCUGAAGCGGUCCAGGUUGUUCUGUACGAUGAAACACCACAGCUUGACGACCUCGAUGAUGACCCGGAACUAGAAGUAGUAGUCACUGCGCAUGCUCGACGCACCGAGGAAGAUGAAGACGAAGGGUCGUCAAUCGAUUCAACGGUGUUCGACUUCGACAGUAUUUGUGGCCCCGGAGAACCUCCCUCCACACAUGCGCCAGACACAAGCGGCGACUACGAGGUGAUGGCCAGAAGCCCCCAUCACUCUUCUGAGUUGUAGCCGCCGGGUCAAGAUUGUGACCUACCAUGGGAUCAUCUCAUUUGUGGAUUUGAAAAAAACAAAAAACAAACCCCAAUCCUUUUCGAAAAAUAAACAUAGGAAGAAA